AUGAAUGCCACUACGGUGAGAGUCGAUCCCGAUUGUUGGAGCAGUUUGUUUAGACCGGCCAGUGCAUCCAACGGUGAUCUCAGAGACCGUCGUGAAGACGUGCGCUUCCGCAGCGGAGCGCUUCUCGAUCCAGUGGCGAUGGUAGAUUCCACGUUUCGACGCCUCGAAAUCCAUGUUCAAUGUACCUGUAUACCGUAUUUAUUCAUCAUGUUAUCGAUUACCGGUGAGGUCAGAGGUCCAGGAACCAACGGUUCAAACUCUGUCGAUGCAGUCUCUGGAUUAUAUGGUCCGAUGAGAGCAUAUCUAGAUUUAUAUUCUUCAACAGUAAUCUAA